CGCUGCCCGCCGGGCGGCAUUCCUCAUCCAGGAGAUGCUCAGCCGAAGCCAAACUAGUCUGACAAGCCGGGCAGUUUCUUUUCCCCUUUUUUUUUAACAAUGACAGUUAGUAUUCCAGCUCGUCUUCAGUGCCUGACUGAAACCGCCCGCUGCGCGUGGGGACGCACACCUAUCCGGAUCACCGGACGCACAAACCGUGUUGGGAUAUACUGUCUGUUCUGAGAGUAGUUUUUUUUUCAUCCAUGGCGUUUUUUGUCACCGCACACAGAAUGAGAGGCUGAACAAAACCAGCUUUCAGUUCACCCAGGGUUUUUUUCGUUUGGCUGGAUAUUGAAACUCGCCAUGGAACAGGAGGGCAUUUUGGACUUCCAAGCCUUAAGGGCCAAGUUCCAGGAGGAGGAACUCCCCAUGAAGCAACCCAGAAGCAAACCUGCUCUCCGGGAGAAACCCAAGGUGGUCCCCCCGCCCCAGAGCCCCACUCACUACCUCCCCGCGGGGGCGCGCCCCUCCCUGCUCACCUCCAUCAGCCAGACCUUAGAGGGGGGGGCAGGGAUUGCCCCCCGGGUGGUUUUUAAAGACGACAAGAGUAAAAAUCCUCUGAUCAAGGCUAACUCAAAAGCGAAGGAGAAAAGUGAGGAGAAGAUGAAGGACAGUAAAGACAAGACGGCAAAACGAGCCGAAGAGAAGCGGAAUGAGAAUUCUCCAGAGCAGAAGGGGAAGAAAGAGAACGGUAAGGACAAGAAAUUUCCAUUUGUCAUGUCUCAGAAGGAGAGUACGGCAGAGCUGGUGCCGGCGACCCCCCCACCGAAAGCCACCACGCAAAAGAAGAAGGGUUUCCUUGGUUUCAAGAAGUCCACAAAGAAAGAAUCGGCAGCAGCCCCUGCUGACCCGAUACUGGACACUCCCAGCCUGGACGCCUCUGGAACAGCUCCACUAAUCCCAGUACCCACUGGCCUGGAUAAACUUCUACUAGAGCCCCAAAUCUCAGCAGCACCACCACCAGAAGCGAUCCUGCCUGAGAAAAUCCCCCCGCCCGACCCCGGCGUCGUCGUGGAAACCAUCCCGUCGUCCCCCAUCCCUGAGCCUCCUGCGUUUUCUCCGCCUCCUCCCGUUUUCUCCGACAUCCCCGCUCUCCAAGUCCCGACCCCACGGAGCGAAACCCCAGAGACCGAGACCCCCCCGGACACGGAGGUUUCCGCCCUGCAGGUUUCCAGACCGGCCAGCCAGAGCGAAACCCCCCCGGUCAGUCCCGCCACCAUCCCAGACCCCCCUCCAGCCGACCCCGCCCCGAUCCCCGCCCUCCUGGAACCUGAAGUUUCACCAGAAGCCGCUGCAGAGGUGGAGGAGGAGGAGCCCCCCCCUGUUGUCAUAAACCCCCAGUCUGUGCCCUCCCCCAAAGCCGAGCGCCCCAUUUCCGCCCUGUCUGCCCUGGAGAGGGCUGCAGACAUGAGCCCCGGGAAAAAGGCGUCCGGUGGAGACCUGAGGAUUCUGAGCGCUCUGGAGAAGGCCCGCAAGAAGAGCUCCAGCCCUUUGUCACACCCCAGCCGGUCCCACUCCAUCAGCCCCCCGCCCGAAGAUCUUCGGCUUUCUCCGAGUCCCACCGCUGCCGUCCCAGAGCUGCCACCCAUCGAUUAUGAAGGGGGGGCUCGGAGGGCCCUCCCACCAACACCGGAAGCACAAGUUAACGGGAUCAACCACGGAGCAGGCUCUCCGGAGCUGAGGGGCACGGCUGAGGAGGGGAUUGAUGCUGUCCCGGAGCUGCUCAAUGUCCCACCCCCUCCACCCAGACAGCCCCCGCCACAACCGGCUUUGGAUCUUUCUCCAGAAUCACCUGACAGCCCCCCCGCCGACGCCCUGAGUGAAUUUAUUCCUCCUACCCUGAUUCUCGGAGACAUCCCCGUUCCUCCUGAGUUCUCAGAGUCCGACGCCUUAGAUGUCCCGGCUACGCUGGAGUUUGAUGACGUGGCCUCAGAUGCAGGCGGUCCAGAGCUGCCCGAGUCCGAGUGGAGGAACGAGGAAUACACGGCUCCGGAUGUUCCAGACGGACACGACCUGCCGGUGUUUUAUAGUAAUGGCAUAACAGAUGAAGGAGCUGAGCUCCACCUCCAACCGACAUAUGGAGAUGAAUACCAGCACGCUUCACUCCCAGAAUCCCCCCUCCCCAUCGCUCAAGACUCCCCACCAGUGGAGGAGCCUAAAGCAGAAGAUCCUUACAGUCUGCAGGACAGCGUGGACAAUACACUCAACGGCGUCUCCCCGUCUCCCAACAAAAAGAAGGGCAAGAAAAACAGUGGCAAGAAACGCAAAGGAACCCCAAAGAAUCCAUAUGCUGAGGCCCCACAAGAAACAGUGCAAGAGAAAUCUAAGACAAUCAGAUUUGGCAGAAGUGAGAAGAAAGCCACCACGGAGGGGCUAGACGACAAAGAGCAGAAAAAGAAAGAGAAGCAACAGAAGAAGGAGCAGAAGGAGAGGCAGGAGCGAGAGAAGAAAGAGCAGAAAGAGAAAGAAAAGAGGGAGAACGAGCUCAAGAAGAAAUUCAAAGUCACAGGUCAGGAGGAGGCCAUGUACCAGGCCACCGUCACGGUGACGCCGAAGGCACGCAAAAACGAUUUGCCCAUCAAGACCGGAGAUGUCAUCAGUAUCAUUCGCACAACCAACUGUCCCAAAGGGAAGUGGCUGGCCCGGGACAGCAGCAGCAACUAUGGCUAUGUCGCUGUGGAUCACGUGGAGCUGGACAUCAAGGAGAUGAUGGAGCUGGGGAAGAAAACCGCCCGCAAGAGCAGCUCCAAGAUCAUCGAGGCAGACGUGGCUAGCACAGGGAGCAGGGCCUCAAACCACUUUCCCCAGUCGACAGAAAGCUUCACAGAUGACAGCGAGGAGUGGACCUGUGACGACGACGAACCGGUCUCGCCUGCCCCCGAAACCCCAGAGCCAUUCAGCGCCGCGAAUCACAACAGGACUCUCUCUAUGCCAGAUAUGGGAAACAAAGAGCUUCCCAUCAACCACCAGCACAGUCACAGCGACGACCCUGAUGGCACCCACGUCCAAGCGCGACACGAAGCACUUCAGAAGCUGGCCACGUUUUUCCAUUCACCAGUACCUGUGAAAGCACCUGCCAGCCACGUCGAAGCAGAGACAACCCCGGCGCCGCCCACAGAGGAAGCAGAGCAUGAGCGUGAGGAUCCUCAGACACAGGAAACAGAUUUUGAUCCCUCUACUCUGAUUCUGCCUCCGCCGGACCUGUACGCCGACCUGACGCUGGAAUGA